ACGUCACGUAACAAAAUUCUUAACGAGUGGAGCUGGCCCCUGAUCCAUCGAACAGUUUUAAAUGUUGGCUGCCAGAAUGCGUUUCGUGCAAUAUUUGCGUAAGGGUGACCUCGCCAAGCGUCUUGGUCUGCUUGCCGACGAUCAAAAGUCGCUUGUUGAGUUGUCCGGAGCGGAGGGUGUGCCCUGCGAUUUGAAGACUUUGAUUGCACAAAAUCCCAAUCUCGACGAGCUUGCGCAAAAGGCUCAAAGUCAGCCGAAGCUUACCUUGAACGAUGACGUCACACUGCUGCCUCCACUCACCGAACCGGGCAAAAUAAUUUGCAUUGGUCUCAACUACCAAGAUCACUGUGAUGAGCAGAACAAGCCGGCGCCAAAGGAGCCCAUGUUUUUCAGCAAGUACAACAACACAUUGGUGGGGCCAACGGAUAAUGUGAUAGCCCACACUGCGAGUGACAAAAUCGACUGGGAAGUGGAACUGGUGGUCGUCAUUGGCAAGGUCGCCCGUCAAGUGCCUAAGGAGAAGGCGUUCGACUAUGUGUUCGGCUACAGCGUUGCUCAGGACAUUUCGGCACGUGACUGGCAAAAGGAACGCAACGGUGGCCAAUUCCUUCUGGGCAAAUCUAUGGACACCUUCUGCCCGCUGGGCCCUGCCGUGGUGCACAAGAGCCUGGUCAAGAAUGUGUACGAUUUGCCGCUGAAAACGUGGAUCAAUGGUGUGGAGAAGCAAAACGGCAAUACGGGCAAUAUGAUCUACAAAAUCGAUGAUGUCAUUAAUCGACUAACCCAAUCCAUUACGCUGCUGCCUGGCGACAUCAUUUUGACUGGCACACCAAAAGGCGUGGGAAUGCACCGCAGUCCGCCAGAGUAUCUGAAACCAGGAGAUGUCAUCAAGACAGAGAUUGUUGGUCUGGGUACGAUGUCUAACCCAGUGGUUGCCCCUUGCAUAGCAAACUAAUUGUUCCAAAUGUUAUUAUGUUAA